GUUUUGGCUUCAAUAACCAACCACCAAAGCCUCCAAUAUUAGUUACGUACAACAUUUUCAUAUUAUGGGUUUUCGCUUAUUACGUUCUAAAUUGCCUGUAACAAAAUCACCUUAUAAAAUACUCUUCGCACCUCUGACUCCAUCUUCAUUCAUUAGUCACCGUAUAAUUUCUCGUUCAUUUCAUUCCACCAUUACCAAUUCCAUUGAUAUUUCCAACCCCCAACCACCAAAUUCUUUCAGAAGAUCUGCAAACUAUCAGCCAUGCAUUUGGAAUUACGAUUAUAUUCAGUCAUUGACAAAUGAUUAUAAGGGAGAUUCUUAUAAUGCGCGAGUUCAUAAGCUGAUUCUAGAAGUCAGCAUGAUGUUAAAAGAAAUGGCAGACGUUGGAGAGAAGUUGGAUCUUAUUGACUCCAUACAGAGACUUGGAAUAUCCUAUCACUUUGAUAAUGAAAUAAGCUCAACUAUGAAGUAUGUAAGUGACAACUAUUACAAUAACGGGACAUUGAUAAGAAAGGAUUUAUAUGGUGCUGCACUUGAAUUUCGACUUCUCAGACAAUAUGGGUGUUAUGUUUCGCAAGAAGUGUUUAAAAAUUUUAUGGAGGAAUGGAGCUUUAAGUCAUGCCAAAGCGAGGACACAUGGGGAAUGUUAAGCUUGUAUGAAGCUUCAUAUCUAUCAGUUCCAGAUGAAGCAAUUUUAUACGAGGUUCAAAAUUUCACAACCGAACAUCUUAGAAAGUACAUGAAAAAGGAGAAUAACAUUAAUGAGUAUCUUAGAAUGUUAGUGGAACAUGCAUUAGAGCUUCCUUUGCAAUGGAGGAUCCAAAGAGUAGAAGCAAGAUGGUUUAUUGAUGCUUAUAAGAAAAAAUUAAACAUGAACUCUAUUGUGCUCGAGCUUGCUAAAUUAGAUUUUAAUAUUGUACAAGCUACGCACCAAGAGGAACUAAAGCAUGGAUCAAGAUGGUGGAUGAAUAUGAACUUCCAUAAAAAAGUUACACUUUUCAGAGAUAGAUUGAUGGAGAUUUUUUUUUUCACUAUCGGUAUCAUGUAUGAGCCUCAGUUUGGUUACUACAGAGAGAUAAUGACAAAAGUCAGCUCACUUAUAACAAUACUUGAUGACAUUUAUGACGUAUACGGUACUUUGGAUGAAAUCAAACUCUUCACACAGAUCGUGAAUAGAUGGGAUAUCAAUGCAAUUGGGCAACUUCCAGAUUAUAUGAAGAUAUGUUUUGUUGGUUUAUAUAAUACUAUCAACGAAAUAGUAUUCAAUAACCUCAAAGAACAAGAAAUUAAUAUUGUUCCACAACUAAAGCAGUUGUGGGCAGAUUAUUGUGAAUCAGAAUCACUGGAAGCAAGGUGGUUCUACGAGCAGUACAUACCAUCUUUAGAAGAAUAUCUUGAAAAUGCAUGGGUGUCUAUUUCUGGACCUCUUAUACUAAUGCAUAUUCACAUUCUCAUGAAACCAAUUACAAAGGGAGAAUCACAAUCCAUAGUUCACUAUCCAAAAAUUAUUCGUUUGUCAUCAAUUAUUUUUCGGCUCAUGGAUGAUCUGGCAACAUCAUCGGCUGAGCUAGAAAGGGGAGAUGUUUCAAAAUCAAUUCAGUGUUACAUGCAUGAAGCUAAAGUCUCGGAAGAAGAUGCACGUGAGCACAUAAAAUAUUUGGUAAAAGAAACAUGGAAAAUGAUGAAUGAAGAACGAUUGACAAAUAAUCUCAUGUCAAAAACUCUUUAUGAAAACGCAAUGAAUGUUGCUCGGAUAGCCCAAUGCAUGUAUCUGCAUGGAGAUGGAUUCGGUGUUCCAGAUGCAGCAACUAAAGAUCAUGUAUUAUCUUUAAUUAUUCAGCCAUUUACUGAUGUCUAAAAAUUUGUUUCUAAUGUAAUCAUCAUUGGCUCUGCUACGAUGAGCAUGUUAUGAAAAUUCAAGUUUCCUGACU